UGGGCAUUCAGCAAGAGGAAGUCGACGAGGCUGCUGAUCAUCAUGAGCCACGAGAUCAAAGAGAAGAACAAUGCGGUGCAGGAUUUGGAAAUGCCCACCGAGGGCUUCAGCACCCUCACCAUGUCCAAGAGUAAGGAGCAAAUCCCGUGCGAUCACAUCAUGGCAUCGUCAAAGGCUUGCGACGAUUGCCGCAAGAAAUGCGGCAAGGGUCACGUCACUCAGGAGACCCUGAUGAAGAUGGAGGAGGCAUUCGACCAGUUGAACACUUCGACCUCGCAAUCGUUGCUCAAGAAGUACCUGAACAGAUUCGUCUUCGAUACUCUGAAAGAGAUACAGACGCCGCUCGGCGCGAAUCUCUUGGACUGUAUCCAGUCUGGUUGCGAAAAUCCGGAUUCCGGGAUCGGUCUGUACGCUUCGGAUCCAGACGCGUACGCCGUCUUCAACGAGCUCUUCGAUCCGCUCAUCGAGGAUUAUCAUGGGUUUAAAAGAUCUGCGAAACAUCCAAAGUCCAAUUGGGGUAAUCCCAACGAUCUGAAGAACUUGGAUCCGGAGGGCAAAUACGUUGUCAGCACGAGGGUGCGUUGCGGACGAUCUUUGGAUACGUACCCAUUCAAUCCGCUGUUGACCGAGGCGCAAUACUUGGAGAUUGAACAGAAGAUUUCGACAGCUCUGAAGAGCAUGCAAGGUGAAGCAAAGGGCACUUACUACCCUCUGAAGCUGAUGACCCCUGUCGAGCAGCAGAAGCUGAUCGACGAUCAUUUCCUUUUCAAAGAGGGCGACAGAUUCCUGCAAUCCGCGCAAGCCUGCAGAUUCUGGCCCGACGGUCGCGGAAUCUUCUACAACCCGAAGAAGACCUUCCUGGCCUGGAUCAACGAGGAGGAUCACGUCAGAUUGAUCUCGAUGCAGGCGGGAGGCGAUCUUCGCGAGGUCUACAAAAGACUGAUGGACGUCGUAGCGGAAUUGGACAAGCUGCUGGUCUUUGCGAGAUCCGAUCGUCUGGGAUAUUUGACUUUUUGCCCGACGAAUUUGGGAACCACGAUUCGCGCCUCCGUCCACAUCAAAUUGCCUAAGCUCUCUGCGGACAAGGAGAAACUGGAUAAGGCUGCGGCCAAGUAUAAUCUGCAGGUCAGAGGAACAUCUGGCGAGCAUUCCGCGGCCAAAGACAACGUCUACGAUAUAUCCAAUAAGAGGAGAUUGGGUCUGACCGAGUUCCAAGCGCUCAAAGAGAUGAGCGACGGGAUUUCGGCUCUCAUCAAAAUGGAAACCUCUUGAGCACGCACCUUUUUUUUUUCCAAUCUAAACUUGUUCCUUUUUUUAGUAUUAUUAUUUACCUUACUAAAUCUA